AUGUGGACACGGUGCACCUUCUCAUCGACACAUACAAAUGUUCUGUGCGGGCCAAGGACAAAAUGGGUCGAACGGCGCUCCACCGGGCUGCGGCAGGCGGAAGCCAGCCGCUUGUCAAGCGCUUGGUCGCUGCUGGGGCUGUCGUCAGCGCCACAGACAAGGACGGGUGGACUGCGCUCCACCACGCCUUGGCAGAGGGCCAUGGCGACGUGGCAGUGCUCUUGGUGCAAUUGGGUGCCGACACAGGCGCAGCAGACAGCUCUGGAGCCACGCCCGUGGACGUCGCAAACGAGCAAGUGCGGGCGUACUUCACGCGGGCUGUGGGACUAUAGUGACAUUUGUAGCACUUCAAUAAUCACAAUCGAAAAGACAUUUGUAGAGAUGGGCCUGGCAGGCCUGCACCCGUGCCCCACGUCCCAAAAGGGUAGAAUGGUGAGGUUUGUCAGACGUGCGCACUAUGCGCACAUGCCCCACUUCCGGUGUUCGCCGCCCUCGGGACCCUCGGCCGGCGGCCCCGGCAUUUGCUGCAUUGGGCAGAAUCAAAACACCGCAAGCGGCAACCGGUGGGCUCUAUGCAUGCUCCCUUAA